GCCCGCCAUGGCGACGACCCCCGUGCCGCCGCGGUCGGGGAGCCGCACCGGCCCCGCCACGCCGCUGAGCCCCACGCGGCUGUCGCGGCUCCAGGAGAAGGAGGAGCUGCGCGAGCUCAACGACCGCCUGGCCGUGUACAUCGACAAGGUGCGCAGCCUGGAGACGGAGAACAGCGCGCUGCAGCUGCAGGUGACCGAGCGUGAGGAGGUGCGCGGUCGCGAGCUCACCGGCCUCAAGGCGCUCUACGAGACCGAGCUGGCGGACGCGCGACGCGCGCUCGACGACACGGCCCGCGAGCGCGCCAAGCUGCAGAUCGAGCUGGGCAAGUUCAAAGCCGAGCACGACCAGCUGCUCCUCAAUUACGCUAAGAAGGAGUCGGAUCUUAAUGGAGCCCAGAUCAAGCUUCGAGAAUAUGAAGCAGCACUGAAUUCUAAAGAUGCAGCUCUGGCCACUGCACUUGGCGACAAAAAAAGUUUAGAGGCAGAUUUGGAGGAUCUGAAGGAUCAGAUUGCCCAGUUGGAAGCCUCCUUAGCUGCUGCCAAAAAACAGUUAGCAGAUGAAACUUUACUUAAAGUGGAUUUAGAGAAUCGCUGUCAGAGCCUUACUGAGGACCUGGAGUUUCGUAAAAACAUGUAUGAGGAGGAGAUUAAUGAGACCAGAAGGAAACAUGAGACUCGCUUGGUGGAGGUGGAUUCUGGACGUCAGAUUGAGUAUGAGUACAAGCUGGCUCAGGCCCUUCAUGAGAUGCGAGAACAACACGAUGCCCAAGUGAAGCUCUACAAGGAGGAGCUGGAGCAGACUUACCAUGCCAAGCUGGAGAAUGCCAGACUGUCAUCAGAGAUGAAUACUUCUACUGUCAACAGUGCCAGGGAAGAGCUGAUGGAAAGUCGUAUGAGAAUUGAGAGCCUUUCAUCUCAGCUCUCCAGUCUACAGAAAGAGUCUAGAGCAUGUUUGGAGAGGAUUCAAGAAUUGGAGGACUUGCUUGCUAAAGAAAGAGACAGCUCCCGGCGCAUGCUGUCUGACAAAGAGCGAGAGAUGGCGGAAAUAAGGGAUCAGAUGCAGCAGCAGCUCAAUGAUUAUGAACAACUUCUGGAUGUAAAGUUAGCCCUGGACAUGGAAAUCAGUGCUUACAGGAAGCUCUUAGAGGGCGAAGAGGAGAGACUGAAGCUCUCUCCAAGCCCUUCUUCUCGCGUGACGGUGUCGCGAGCGUCCUCAAGCCGGAGUGUGCGCACGACUAGAGGGAAGCGGAAGAGAGUCGAUGUGGAAGAGUCCGAGGCAAGCAGUAGUGUCAGCAUCUCUCAUUCCGCCUCGGCCACCGGCAAUGUCUGCAUUGAAGAGAUCGAUGUUGACGGGAAGUUUAUUCGUUUGAAGAACACUUCCGAACAGGAUCAGCCAAUGGGAGGCUGGGAAAUGAUCAGAAAAAUUGGAGACACAUCAGUCAGUUACAAAUAUACCUCAAGAUAUGUGCUGAAGGCAGGCCAGACUGUUACGAUCUGGGCUGCAAAUGCUGGCGUCACAGCCAGUCCUCCCACUGACCUCAUCUGGAAGAACCAGAACUCUUGGGGCACUGGCGAAGAUGUGAAGGUUAUAUUGAAAAAUUCUCAGGGAGAGGAGGUUGCUCAAAGAAGUACAGUCUUUAAAACAACCGUACCUGAAGAAGAAGAGGAGGAGGAAGCAGCCCCUGAAGUGGUGGUUGAGGAAGAACUUUUCCACCAGCAGGGAACCCCAAGAGCAUCCAAUAGAAGCUGUGCAAUUAUGUAAACUUCUCAAGUCAACGGUCUUCCUCAACACAAAGAAAUACGGUAAUCCUUACCAACAUGCAGUGCAGAGCCUUCUCAGAAGCACAGAAUAUUUUUAUAUUUCCUUUAUGUGAAUUUUUAAGCUGCGAAUCUGAUGGCCUUAAUUUCCUUUUUUGACACUGAAAGUUUUGUAAAAGAAACCAUAUCCAUACACUUUGUUGCAAGAUGUGAAUUAUUGACACUGAACUAACUGAGUACUGUUUGGAAAGGGUUCCUCAAAUUUUUUGACAUUUUUUUUGUAUGUGUGUGUUUUUUUAAGUUCUUACGAGAAGGGGCGGGAGGGUAAAUAAACCACUGUGUGUCUGGGUAUAAUUUGAAGAUUGCUUCAUCUAGAUUAGCAAUCUGCUCUUGAUUAUUCUCUGCUAUAUAUAACGGUGCUGUGAGGGGGGGCAUUUUUCAAUAUAUCAAACUUUUGUACUGAAUUUUUUUGUAAUAAACAAUCAAGGCUACAAAAAAUUUUUUUUAAUAGAAGAGAAAUUUUGUAA